AUGAAUUUUGACAAAAAUGAGGAGUUUAACAAUCUUUUCGGUGAAGAGAAGGAUGUUUUUAGAGGCCCUGAUAAUCCGCUUCAAUUGCACCCGGGAGACUCGAAUGUAACGCCCAAUAUUUUGCUGGAGCAACUGGCGUACGUUGACAAUUUUAUGCCCGAUUUUGAAGGCGACCUGGCUUCUUUUGGCGGUCCAGCACACGGUUCAGACGUCCCAAGCGCUGGCCUGGGUCUCGACGAGCGUCUGGCUGCCGAGCUUAGUGCGUUUGCAGACGAAACUUUCAUUUUUCCAGAUGAGGACAAACCGGUUGACGAGGGUGACGGCGAUGACGACAACGACCGCAGAAAUAAUGAUAAUAACGCUCAAAAUCGCAAUAGUCCCUUCGAUCGUUUUUCUCAUGAGAACGACGCAGACCGGACACCGGAAGCUUCGUCGUCUGCUUCUGCAGCGGCAUCUGCAUUAGGCGCUAACUCUUAUCAGCAUGGCCUCACAAACGGUGAAAAUGACCUUCGUAGACCCGAUGCGUCGUCAGACUUGUCGUCGUUCCAAAAUCGGAGCUCCAAGUUCUUGUCACAGCGACGCAACAAUUUCUUGGCGUCGCAGCAUGAUACAAGGCUCCGAUUUUCGUCUAAAAACCGUCAGCGCGAAACUACAAGGUCUCCUGCCGAUGAUCAUGGCGGAUUCACAAAUGUUGACAUAACUGAGAACCCCUCCCACCAGAACCGACAACAAGGACUUUCUUACGUUAACUCACCUCUCAACAAUCUUCUCUCGGACUCUAAUCCUCAAACCGUUGAAAUGCUCUCGAAUAGUUCAAAUACGCCUUCAUUUUCACCACGGCUUUAUCGUCAAAGUAAUCCGUUCCCAACAGAGAAUCAAAGAGAACCUUCACCGCAACCCAAGGUACCUUCCCACAUUCACAUGCCCAACUAUUCGUCUAUACCGACGCGGACUCUUUUAACUUUGCUACCGAAGGCCAGAGUACCGAAAGGAGCUCGAACUGCUUUAACAGCUGCUGGAUUGCAGUCGGAAGAAAUCGAUUCUAUUGCUGCAAUAAUGGCUUACCAUCAGCUGAACAAUAACUCUGACUUCACAAAUGACCUUUCGCUCUCCACCAUAAGAAAUUUACUUUCGAACGAAGUUGGUGCCAAUUUUCUGCUGCCGUUUCUCACCAGUGAUGACCAACCUGUGCAGAUGAAUGAGCUUUCUACAGCAGUAAGCACGCGGGCCGAGUCUGCUGCUAAAGCUAGCCCUACUUCCUCUGUAAACCAAAGGAAACUCGAAAACCCUGCUGAUAAUCUCCUCCGCAAUUUUUUCAAUUCAGAUGGCGGCAAACAUAAUGUCAGUUUUCUCGAAAACGGAGUAAAUCGCGAGAUUUCCACAAGUCAAACGCCUCGACAACCCAAAAAAAAUUCCGUUGUGGAUAAAGCUUCUGUUGGCCCGGAACAAGAGCAGAGGAUCACAAAAUAUUUAAAUGGCGAACGAAGCGAUAGCAGUUCUAGCCUUACAGAAAAACGUACCAAGACCCAUCCUAAACGCAAGUUUAAGGAACAGGAGAUGGAAGGAUCGAUUCAGGAGCUCAGUGAACUGGCUCUGAACCUGCAGCAGAGAAUUCAGACUCUCGAAAUGGAAAACAGACUCCUGAAAAACUUGGUAACUGAAAGAGGAGAAUUGUCGGGAGUAAAAGAAGUGGAAAACGUCCGACGCGAGCUUCUUCGCAAAAUAAAAGAAGACAACAGUCACGGACCGGUCAAGAAAGAGGAUCCAAGACUGGAUUAA